GUACCCGUACCGGGUACUGGUACGGCGUGGGUACGGCAAGGGUACGGCACGGGUACGUUUUAGCCCAAAAUGAAAUUUUUUCAAAAUUUCUGGAAUUUUUUUGUAAAUAAUUAUAAAAUGUGGGCUUAUUGUGUAAUUUAUUUGUCAUUUAUAAACACCUCUCUCUUUGUUCAUCUCUCUCUUCGUCUCUCUCUGUAUAUUUUUUUUAUCGAUCGGAAUAGUCUCUCUCUUUGUAUAUAUGUACAAAUGUAUGCAUGUGUAAUGUAUAUGUAUAUAUGUAUCCGAAAUUCUGAAUACUAAUAGAUAUUGUUAGAUGAUGGAUCUAUUUGUAUCUAGUGUAAUUAUAUGUCUUAUCAUGUAAUUAGUUUAAGUAUCUAGGACCGUAGUGCAAUUAUUAUACAGCUUGUAUAUAUAUAUUUUACGUUGAAUGAAAUUAACUCUAAUGGGUUUUCUCCCUAUUAUGAUUACCCUAAAACUGAACAUGGUAUCAAAGCGAUAGAACCUGGCGACCUACGACGUUCUUCUCGUCGCUGCGUGAACAGUACUUUAUGGUGAACAGUGAUCGUGAACAGUGGUCGCGUGAACAGUGAUCGCGUGAACAGUGCUUUGUGAACAGUUCUUCGAUCAGUCGGGGCUUGCCGUCACCGUCGAUCAGAUCUGUUCUCGCCGAUCAAAUCUAAUUUUUUUUUUUUCUUUUUCAACACUGUUUCAGUCAGAUCCGAAGGUAUUCAGUUGAUUUGUUUUGAGGUUCUAGGGUUUUUGGAACCUUUAUUUAUUAUUUUUGGAUUUCUAAAGUUGCUGGGAACAUUGUUUAUUGUUUAUUUGGCAUUAUUGUUCUGCUUUCAAGAUGUCAGAAGAGAAAAAACAGGCUUCCGCUAGUGGCAAGGAUGAGUUGAGUCGUGUAGGGACUCUGGAUAACUCUCCACUAGAUAUUUGUCCCAUCAAACUGGAUGGCACAAAUUAUUUACUUUGGUCUCGUACUUUUACAUUAGCCAUUGAAGCUAAAGGGAUGUCUGAGUUCAUUGAAGGCCAUGUUACUGAGCCUACUACUGAUAUUGAACUCAAGACGUUUAAGUCUCGUCGAUCUUUAGCCAUGACUUGGUUGUUUAAUUCUAUGAAGGCUGAUAUUCGUAGUCCUUUCUUGCUUCUUAACACUCCAUAUCAGAUUUGGACUAUUGCCACACAGACUUAUUCUCAGCAGGGCAAUGAUGCUCAGUGUUUUGAGUUGCGAAAGCGACUUCGUACUAUGGAUCAACACAAUCGAUCUGUUGCUGUUUACUUUGCUGAUCUUAGUGGGGCCUGGCAAGAAUUUGAUUAUUAUCAGGGGUUUCAAACAGUCUGUUCCGUUGAUGCUGGUGCUUGGUUAAAAAGAAUAGAGAAAGAGCGUGUGUAUGACUUUCUUGCUGGUCUUGAUGUGGAGUAUGAUCCAAUUAGAGUGCAGGUGUUGGGUCGUGUUCCGUUUCCAUCUUUGGGCGAGGCCUAUGCCAUUGUUCAACAGGAGGAGAGCAGAAGGGGUGCUAUGUUACAAGCUCCUACUUCUGAUCGUUCUGCAUUGGUUGCUAUUCCGCAGGGACAGUUUGGGUCUGGCAGUGGAAAGUCUCAGUCUGGUACUACCAGUGGGACCAUAGACCGUAUGUCACUCCAAUGUGAUUAUUGCCACAACACUGGACAUACCAAGGAUUUCUGUUGGAAGUUACAUGGUCGUCCUUCUCGUGGGCGAGGCAGUGGACGUGGAGGUCGAGGUCGUGGUCCCGGGCGUUCUCAGGCUCAGGCACAUGUUUCAGAGUUUGCUACCUUGUCUGAUUCUGGGUUCAGUACAGGAGUUCAGUCACCUUCUGAUUCUGCUGGCGGUUUCUCUCAGAGGGAGAUGCAAGCUCUCAGGCGUCUUAUGGCUCAGGCUGAUUCUUCUUCUACUAUAGCUCCUACUUCCACAGCAGCUCCUACUGCAUCCUAUUUUGCUCAUUCAGGAACUGGAAACGGGGAAGGUGAUUGGCAGUGGUAAAGCACAUGGUGGUAUCUAUGAUAUGGAGCAUGCACCUCAUCCAUCUCAGCCAUUUUUAUCAUGUGGACAAGCUCUACGGGCAGAUAUGAGUUCCACUCUUUCUUUGUUACAUCGGUGGCACCGUAGAUUGGGUCAUCCCUCUUUUGGGAUAUUAGAGAAACUUUUUCCUACUUUAGUUAAACAUUGUCCUAGGGAUCAGUUUUUUUGUGAAGCCUGUGAGUUUGGAAAACAUAAACGCUCUUUUUAUGCACCUAUUAAUAAACGAAGUGAUUCUCCAUUUAUGGUUAUCCAUUCUGAUGUUUGGGGUCCUUCUCCUGUUACUUCUUUAAAGGGCUAUCGAUGGUUUGUUACUUUUAUUGAUUGUUAUUCUCGUGCCACAUGGGUGUACUUACUCCAAUCAAAAAAUGAGGUAUUUUCCUGCUUCAAA